CAUUCUGUGCCUGACCGCUCCGCUGCGGGUUCUGUUCUUGGCCGCCCAUCCCGAGGUUCCGUUAUAAAAGACGCGUGCCGUGCCACACAUUGAUGGAGUUCUCUUCGAGACCGCAAAGGUUCAGUGUCCUGCCUGGCAGCCUCUAAAAAAAAAAUAACCCAACAAAAAAAUUGCAAGUGAAACUAAAAUAACUGAAAGAAAGCUGAAGAGUGUCCAUUGAAGGAGCAGAGCAUUUAAAGUGAAAUUACUGCUAAUAAUAAUAUUUAACACAAUCCAAGCCGGGAAAAUGCAUUUCGUUACCUUCUCGAUACUAGUUUGCUGCUCUCUGGGCCUCAGCUGGGCCAACGACUGGGGCUAUCCGGACUUGGACGACAAUACGGAUGCCGCAUUUCCCGAUUGGGGCGGUCUGUGCGACAGUGGCAAGAGACAGAGCCCCAUCAAUCUGGAGGCCAAGUGGUCCCUGAGGGGCAAGUUUGAUGAAUUGAAGUUCCACAGCUACGACACUCAUCAGAAAAAUCUGGAAAUGGUCAACAAUGGCCAUUCAAUACAAAUCGAUGAUUUUGAUGAUGUACUCAUGCUCAAUGGUGGCGGACUGGCGCAUGAGUACGAGGUGGAGCAGAUCCACUUACAUUGGUGGUCGGAGCACACCAUCAACAGCGUGCGCUACCCACUGGAAGUGCACAUUGUGCACCGCAACAGGCUGUACCCAAACAUGACGAUGGCGACCAACUUUAAAGACGGCAUCGUGGUCAUCGGUGUGCUCUUUCAUGUUUCGAACACACCCAACGAGGCCAUCGCUAGCAUCCUCAAGAAUCUGGGGGAUGUGAAGGCCUACAGUCGCGUCAACAAGCCCGUUACGGUGGCCAACUCGCUGGCGGUGAGCGAUCUGAUGCCAGAAUCGAAGGGCAACUACUACACCUAUGCCGGCUCCCUGACCACGCCCUCGUGUGCGGAGUCCGUCAUCUGGAUUGUGCUCACCGAGACGCUUCCCGUGACGCUGGAUCAGGUCGAAGAGUUCAAAGAGAUCGAGUACUCAAAUGGCAAGCAGUUGCACAACAACUACAGGAAUCUGCAGAGCAUGAACAACCGCGCCGUGGUCCUGGUCGAGGCUGAGGAACGCACAAACGCCGCAGCUGGUCGCACGGCAUCGAUCGGCCUCAUCCUGAUACUCGGACUGGCGGCCCAGAAGCUCUUCCUGUAGAUGCGGGACUGGAGCUGAGCUGAGCCGAGCCGAGCAGAGAUGAUGAUGAUGAUGAGGAGCAGCCAUAGACAUACUCGUACCAAAGAAUGCACUGAAGUUCUCUGCAGUGUAGCUACAACGAAUUUCUUGAGAAGAUAUCCAUGACAGGACAGGACAGGACAGGGAGAGACGCAGAGUUCAAAUACUCAUUAGUUAUAAUGCAGAACAAGUCAGCUAGUCAGCUUAUGUUAGAUUCAUUGAGUGCUAAGUUCACGUAAAUAUAACAAUCGCAAUAAAACCAAAAUAUUUUACACAUA